AUUUUGACGCGUAGCGCGACAGACGGCUCGAACAACUGGUCUAUGAACGUUAACUCAAACGCAAUGGGCUUUAAGCAUACGAUGCUGCAGCGCAGCUAUGAGCUGGCCGCCUCGCCGGGCCCCCAACUGGCAGCGGCGCCGGCAGCGCCGCAAGUGACGGACUUUAGCAUAAGUCGCAUACUGGGCAGCUCGGCCAGCAAGGAUAAUGCGGCUAAGAAAUCAACAGCAGGAGGCGUAACAACAGGAGCCACAGCAGGAGCAACAGUAGCAACAGCAGCAACUGCUGCCAGCAAUAUAUUGGAUCUGUCAAAGAGUCGCCAACAGGCUGCAGUUCAAGCCGCGCCGGUGCAGCUAAGUCCCGCCGCUUAUGGCUAUGCCAUGCUGCCGCCGGAUCUGUUGGCCAUGGCCAGUGCGACCAAGUUCUAUGCACAAUUCUUUCCGCAUUUGCUGCCCGCCUAUGCAGCGGCAGCAGCUGCCGCCGGGCUGACAACGCCACCCACCUCGCCAUACCAGCAACAUCAGCAGGCACCACCACAACAACAUCAGCAACAGCAACAACACUCGCAGCAGAAACGUUACUUUGCGCCGUAUGUGAUCAAUGGGCAGAGUCCGACGCGCUCCAAGUCCUCCAGCGCCUGCACUCGCGCUGACUGUCUGGAAUGCCUGGAUUAUUAUAAACAAUUCGGCGCUGGCUAUAAGCCAACGCCUCUCAUAUCGCCGGCGGCUUCAUCGGUGAGCAGCUCCAGCAGCUGUCGGCUGCCAUCGCGUGAGCUGCUGCUCAGCGCCAGCGCCAGCAGCAACAUUUCCCUGACCAACAUCUCUGUGACCAAUCUGAAUCUGAGCAGCACGGCGACAGCGACUGCGAUUUCGCCUGUGGCCAUGUUGCCCAACUUGAGCAACAGCAACAGCAACUCCAACAACAACAACAACAACAGUAAUAGCAACAACAGCACAAGCGCUGGCGAGGAGAUCAGCUACAAGUGUCGCAUAUGCGACAAGGUCUUUGGAUGCUCCGAAACGUUGCAGGCGCACGAGAAGACACACAAAUCGCCGCGCUACGAAUGCUCCGACUGUGGCAAAGGCUUCUCCCAGCUGCGCAACUAUAAAUAUCACCUAUCCGUGCAUCGUGGCACCAAAGAGUUUGCAGCCGAGUGCCCGGAAUGUGGGAAGACGUUCAACGACAAGGGCUACCUCAGCAGCCACAUGAAAAUCCAUCGAAAUCGCAAGGAAUACGAAUGCCCCUAUUGCCCCAAAUCGUUCAAUCAACGUGUCGCCUUCAAUAUGCACGUCCGCAUCCAUACGGGCGUCAAGCCGCACAAGUGCGCCGAGUGCGGCAAACGAUUCUCCCGCAAAAUGCUGCUCAAGCAGCACAUGCGCACCCAUAGCGGCGAGAAGCCAUAUCAGUGCUCCGUCUGCGGCAAAUCCUUUGCGGAUCGCAGCAACAUGACACUGCAUCAUCGCCUGCACUCGGGCAUCAAGCCCUUCAGCUGCCCGCUCUGCCCGAAGGCCUUCACCAAGAAACAUCAUCUGAAGACGCAUCUCAACUACCAUACAGGCUGCAAGCCCUACGUCUGUCCACAUCCCAAUUGCAAUCAGGCCUUCACGCAGUCCAGCAAUAUGCGCACGCAUGCCAAGAAAUGCCAAUACAGGCCGCUAGAUGGCGCUCAGGCAUUUCCGUUGCCCCCCAAGCAGCAGCAGCAGCAACAGCAGCAACAUCUCCAGCAGCAGCAGCAGCACACAUUGUCUCUGGCCCCAGCUCCUAGCUUUGUGAUGCCACCAGCAACGUUUGCUGCCGCCGCAUCCGCAUUUCCGCCGGCCCAGCAAACGCUGCUCAGCAAUCUGCGCACAUUCUAGCCAAUAGGCGGAAAUGAAAACUCCGAGUAGCAAGUGACUGAAUGAGCUGAGUAUGAACCAAGCCUUUAGGGUUUAGG